AUGUUAACUAAAAGAUUUUUCGCUGCAUUGGCCACAUUUUUCGUUCCUAUUAUAGCAUUAAGUGCUUUAACUAAGACUGUGCAGAAAGAUGUAGACGCUGAUUUAAAUAACCUCCAAAAAAAACAAUCAUCCGAAUAUAAAGAAAGUAGAGAAAACAAUCAAGAGAUUUUUAAAUAUAUUAUGAAUUCAACAAAAAAUAAUAAUCAAGAUUUUUUUACAGGUUUAGAAAAAGAGAUGAGAGAUUUAAACACAAUGAAAAAUAGAAAUGAUGAAAAUGAAAAAGUUGAUGAUACUAAAAAAGAAAUAAUUAAUAAAAAUAAAAAUAAAAAUAAUAAUAAAAAUAAUAAUAAUAAUACUAAUAAUACACCACAAAAAUAG